AAGGAGGAAGGGGAAGGGAGCGGUGAGCGAGGGAAGGCGCCUGCGACCCGCCCACGCCCGGCCCAGCCUAGGCGUGCCGAGACGUCUCCGCCCACCCGGCAGCGAGCGGGACACCCAGUACGCAGGGCCAGCGGGGAGCAGAGGAGUCACGCGGUAAGACUGAGCACCCCACGGCCACUGCUCCCUGAGAAUGGAAAUCCCGCCGGAUCAUUACCCAGCCUCCAGGGCGGCGUCGGUGGCAGAGAACUGCAUUAACUACCAGCAGGGGACCCCCCACAAGGUGUUUCUGGUGCAGACGGUCAAACAAGCCAGCAUGGAGGAUAUUCCGGGAAGAGGACAUAAGUAUCGCCUGAAAUUUUCUGUGGAAGAAAUUAUCCAAAAAAAAGUUACGGUGAACUGCACAGCUGAAGUACUUUAUCCUCCUGUGGGACAAGCUACUGCACCGGAAGUCAACUUUACAUUUGAAGGGGAAAUUGGAAAGAACCCAGACGAAGAAGAUAACACUUUUUAUCAAAGACUCAAGUCCAUGAAGGAACCACUAGAAGCACAAAAUAUUCCAGACAGUUUUGGAAACGUAUCUCCAGAAAUGAAACCAGUUCGACAUUUAGCCUGGGUUGCCUGUGGUUAUAUAAUAUGGCAGAAUUCUACAGAAAACACCUGGUAUAAAAUGGCAAAGAUUCAAACUGUCAAGCAAGUGCAAAGAAAUGACGACUUUAUUGAAUUAGACUACACCAUUCUACUUCAUGACAUUGCAUCUCAGGAGAUUAUUCCUUGGCAAAUGCAAGUUCUCUGGCAUCCACAAUAUGGUACUAAAGUCAAACAUAAUAGCCGUCUGCCAAAGGAACAACUGGAAUAAACGGAGACCCUAACACUGGGACGAUGUGUGAAGUGUCCAUUAAUGAUGUGUAUGCCAUCGUCACCUGUGUCUAGCUUAAGGGACCAAACAGAUCCCAAAGUGUCACUUUGUAUACAUGUCUUGAUUAUAGUCUAGAACCAUACAAGAUGCCGUAAUGAAAAGUGUUACUACAUAAAAAUGUCUUCAUAACAGUAAUAGUGAUAUAUGUAAUAUCCCAUAAUAAAGCUUCGAUUUUGGCCUCAUAAUAUUUAAUUGCA